AUGCAGAAGCUGAAACACACGGUCGAGGGUACCCUGGCUUGCGCAACAUUACUCCGUGCGGAGUACCAUGUUGCAACCUUGGAAAUGACCUAUCGCAGCUUUGAUGAGCAGCAUCAGACAACCAAUUUGAAAAUGAUAUCCAUCGGCACACAUCGCCUUUCUUUCUCUAUCAGUGGCCCCCAGCGCGCACCCAAUGAGCCAUUGGUAGUCGUGAUCCCAGGGUCGGGCGAUGUCGCCUCAUCCUACACAGCAGUGGAACCCAUCGUCGCCCAAUUUGCGCGAAUAUUCCUAUACGAUCGCUCGGGCCUCGGUAACAGUGAGCGUGGCCCUGGUCGUCCACUCGCAGUGACGUCCGCGAGAGAGCUGCACAAACUCCUAGAGGUCACAAAGCAGCCGCCCCCGUUUAUCAUAGCUGCCCAUUCCUACGGUGGCCUCAUUGCCCGAGAAUUCUAUCAUCUAUAUUCUGAUGAAGUCGUUGGGAUGGCAUUUUGUGAUACUGCAACUGAGCGACAUCUUGAAUUUUUCCAGGUCCCAGACCCAAAUAUUGCUGCGGUCCUCGGCAAUUUGAAUAUGGCUAUGGUGACAGGGUUGCGGGUAGACGCGAAACUAUCGCGAGAUGAGUGGCGACAAAGGGCUAUUGAUAUAGCUCGUGGAGAUGAAACUGCUCAGGCUGAAGCCAAUGAAGAUGCCGUGAAGGAGGUCUGUCGAUCUCUUGGGGAAAAGAAGCAAAUCGACAGACAGGCCAUGGGCAAUAAACCGCUGAGUCUUAUCACUUGCAAUAGUGCUAGGGAGUAUGAACGAAUAUACGCUGCAGGUAUUGAAGCCGGCAAUGGCACUGAGGCGCAGCAGAGAUCGUUCCGAAAAUUGCUAGAUCGGUGGGAUUCAUUCACAGAAGAGCUGAGUUUGUAUCAAAUGAGGCUGUCCUCAAAUACGCAAUAUCUCUAUUUGCCGGACUGUGGACAUAAUAUUCACCUAACAAGACCCGAAGCUGUCGCUGAAGGGAUUCGAUGGGUUGUGAGCCAGACCAAAAAAGGCAAUGGAGAUGCCUCGAGGCUUUGA